AUGUUGAGGACGCAGGUAAGGCUAUUGCCCAGGUUAAACUCUAUAAGGUAUAGAACCGUAUACACGUCGGUGCUUGAGUCGGAUAUUAAUAUAACACCUGCUGGUAAAGUUAAUAUAUCUGUGGGGCCAGGAGGUCGUUCUUCAAGAACUGGAUACACAGCAACUGUAUUUGGAGCAAGUGGGUUUCUCGGGCGUUAUUUGGUUUCAAAAUUGGCAAGACAUGGUACUACUACAAUUGUGCCAUAUAGAGACGACUUGAAAAAGAGGUUUCUUAAAGUUGCAGGAGAUUUGGGAGUUGUCAAUUUUGUUGAGAUUGAUGCUAGGAAUUUGCAGAGUAUCGAGGAUUCCGUUGCUCAUUCCGAUAUUGUCAUCAACUGUAUCGGUGCUGAUUACAACACAAAGAAUUUCUCAAUGGCUGAUGUGAAUAUUGCUUUAGCUGAAAGAAUUGCUCGUGCAAGUAAAGAUGCCGGUGUGCCCAGAUUUAUUCAUAUUAGUUCAUACAAUGCCAACCCAAAUUCCGAAUCUGUAUUUUAUGCAACAAAGGGAAUUGGCGAGCAAAAAGUGAAAGAGAUUUACCCGGAUGCUACAAUUGUUAGACCUGCUCAAAUGUUUGGCAGGGAGGACAAUUUGUUGAAUUAUCUUGGACCAAAGAUUAAAAUGUGGACUCCCAACAGAAACCAAAAGGAAAUUUACCCGGUGUAUGUGCUUGAUGUAGCGAGAGCAUUGGAGAAAAUAGCAUAUGAUGAUUCGACAAUGGGCAAGACAUUUGAGUUGUAUGGUCCUGAAAAAUUGACAUACCAAGAGAUUAGACAAAUGAUCCAUGGUAUAACUGAAAACUAUGCUCAAGCAGGCCCAUUCAACUAUAGUUUCUAUGACUACAAUUUACCAUUACCAUUGGCUAAGUUUAUUACCCAAUUCGAACAAUAUGUGUGGUGGAAGUUACCAAAUCCUGACCAAAUGCAAAGACACGUAAUCGACCAGAAAAUUGAUCCUACUGCAUCUACAUUCAAGGACUUGGGUAUUGCGGGAGACGGUAAUGAUGGUACCACCAAACUAGCUGAUGUUUUAUUCAGUUAUGUCAAACAAUGGAGACAUCCUUUGAUUGCUCAGAAAGGUGGUCCUAAUAAGAAAAAGUUGGAGGAUUUGAGAAACAUUCAACAUUUUACUGAUUAG